AGCAGUUGUGACUGCUGCCCUGAAUGUUAUUGAAGGUAGGAUGUUUUACUUCUAUACCGUUAAAGGUUAUAUUUAAUCCAAACUCAUUAUUUAGAUAAAUUGGGGAAAGUAAAACUUGCCUCUGUCCAAUUUAUAUUUCAGUUGGGUAUAAGAAGAACAAAGCCAUGCAACAAUCACGGACAGGUACAUGCUUACAUUUGAUUUAUCACAAUGCAUUAUCUAUUAUUGACUAAUUCAUGCUGUAACCAUGACACUGGUUACAUAGCGAUUCGGGAGACGCCCGAAGAUUUCAAAAAGGCCUUGAAAAAUACGGUUGAAAUUGAGCCAAAGGAAGAAAAAAAGCCAGAACUCGAUGACAAAUUUUGGGAUUUGUUGUUGAGCGCCGACAAGAAGGAUUAUGAGAGCAUAUGUGCACAGUAUGGUAUCACAGAUUUUCGCUGGAUGUUGAAGAAGCUAAAUGAGAAGAAGAUUGAAAGAGAGCAAGAGCAACAGAAAGUGGUUGAAAGACUUUGCAACCUGAAGCCAAUUGAAAUGAAAGGUGACGGUGCAGCAGAGUUCGAGCUUGAAAUGUCACUGAAGGACCCAACCAGCAAAAUCUUCCUAUACAAGGAUGGGGUUAUGAUUCCCUUUGAUAUCGAUGCGGGUGAGAAGCACGGACUGAAACAAGUGGGAAAGAAGUUUGUAUUCAGCAUCAAUGGCGUAAACCCGGAGGAUGCGGGAUUAUACCAAGUGGAGGUUGAUGGAGUUAAAAUCUUCUCAACGGACUUGAAGCUUCCCACGGUCGACUUCUUGGUGAAGAUUCAAGAUGUUAAGGCACAAGAGAGAGAGGACGCAGUGUUUGAGUGUGUCCUCUCGCAUCCGAUGACAAAGAUUACUUGGAUGGGAAAAAACGUUGCACUGGAGCAAGGAGACAAAUAUGACAUCACUGUGUCAGAAGACAUGCUGAUCCACACGUUGGUGGUGAAAGACUGCCUCCUAUUAGACAAAGGAAUUUAUGCUGCUGUGGCUGGACUCAAAUCCUGCAGUGCUUGGCUUAUAGUGGAAGGUGACAAAGAUUCAAACUCACAUGGAAAGAAGAAAGCUCGCAAGACAACACGAGCAGGUGGUGGUGGAGCUGACAUUCUGAAGGUCGCUCAAGAACAAAGUGUUAAGAUACAAAAAGAAAGAGAUGAGUUUGUUGCAAAGGUAGAAGCAGCUAAAUUGGAGAAAGAAGAAACUGAAGCACACAUGAUGGUGGGACAAAGGGUAAAAGUGGAACCAGUUGCAGUCAAGGUAGAAACUCCCGAGGUUAAAGAAGAAAUAAAGAAAGAGGUGAACGUAGAUGAUGUAGAAGAGGAGGUAAGUGUAGAUGUACAGAUGAAGGAAGUUUCUGAACCUACAGUUUCAGAACCAGAUCAGGUGAGGGAGGAACCGGCUCAAGUCGCAGAAGAACCUGAUCAAGAGCCAAAAAAGAGAGUGAGAUUAGGUCCACUUGUCCCGGAUACAGUCAUUGAACAAGGAGUUUUCUUCACCUGCGGACUGUCAGACGUAACCUCCAUAAUUGGCACUGACGCAGAACUUGUCUGCAGGCUGAGCAAGGAGGAUUGUGACACUGUCUGGUACAAAGACGGCAACGAGAUAUCAACUACAGACAAUAUAAAUAUUGUCAAAGACGGGACCUUUCGCAAACUAAUUAUCAAAAACUGCAAAGACGAUGAUGCUGGAAAGUACAAAUGUGAAGCUGAUGGGCGUAAAACAGAAGCUCUACUAACUGUCGAAGAUCCUCCAAGAAUCAACCCUGAUGACCUGGCAGACUUCAUAAAACCUGUGAUCAUCAAAACCGGCAAAGACGCAGCCUUUAAGUUGUCGUUUGUUGGCCGGGAACCAAUGAAAGUCCAGUGGUACAGCGAGGGGGAGGAGCUGCUGGAUGACACACAUACCAGAAUUGACAAGUCGUCCACACACAGCUGCCUGCUGCUAACAAAGUGCCAGCGCAAAAACUCAGGGGAGAUUAAGAUCAAGAUUAAAAAUGAAUGUGGAGCAACUGAGGCUGUCACUUACCUUGUUGUAUUAGGUAUGUUUUGUGACUUAGGGGUCUGCACCAAACUGUAUGUGCAUAAUAUUGCACUUCAUAAAAAUCAAAUUCUUUAUUUUUUGGUUUGUCCUGCUCCAGAUAAACCAACACCUCCCUUAGGCCCCGUUGAUAUUAUUGAAAGCUCAGCAACAGGUAUUGACUUUAAAUGGAGACCUCCCAAGGACAACGGAGGAUCCCCAAUCACCAACUACAUCCUGGAGCGCCAGCAAAUUGGGCGAAACAGCUGGAAAAAAAUAGGCAAAAUUGGUCCAGAACCUAAAUUUAGAGACACUGAUGUGGAUCAUGGCAGGAAAUACUGCUACCACAUAAGGGCUGAGACCGAUCAAGGCAUCAGCGAAUUGAUGGAGACGGAUGACAUCCAAGCAGGGACGAAAGCGUACCCUGGACCUCCUUCUGCACCAAAGAUCAUCAGCUCUUUCAAGGACUGCAUAAACCUUACCUGGUCCGCACCUGCCAAUACUGGAGGAACCAACAUUCUGGGAUACAGCGUAGAAAAACGGAAGAAUGGCAGUAACUUGUGGAGCCUCGUCAACCCACCUGAUGAGCCUAUCAGAGAGAGAAAGCAUGCAGUGAAGGAUGUGGUUGAAGGCAUCGAGUAUGAAUUCCGCGUAUCGGCUAUCAACAUUUCAGGUGCAGGAGAACCGAGCGCACCUUCUGAGUUUGUGAUGGCAAGAGAUCCAAAGAAGCCACCUGGUAAAGUUACUGACCUGAAAGUGACAGACUCCACAUACACCACUUUAUCACUGGGCUGGACAAAACCAGCGGAGAAGGAAGGUGUCCAGGAUGAGGCUAAAGGAUACUUCGUGGAAAUAAGGGCAGCAGAAAAUCCAGAAUGGGGUCGCUGUACCUCCAUUCCUAUCACCAUGACCUCCUACACGAUCAUCGGUCUAAAGUCAAUGGCCAUGUACUGGGUGAGAGUUAUAGCCACCAAUGAGGGUGGAGAUAGUGAGCCACAAGAUCUGGACAACUAUAUCAUUGCGAUGCCUCCUCCAGUGAGACCUCAGUUCACUGACAAAAAAAUGAACAGCUUUAUGGUGAUAAGAGCUGGAAACUCUGCUCGUGUCACUGUCAACUUUAAGGCCUCUCCAGUGCCAACCAUCACAUGGUUGAAGGAUGGUUUACUCACAGCCAAGCACGUGACAGUGAGCAACACCGACACAUCCUCACAGUUAAUCAUUCCCUCGUCAGAGCGCCACGACACAGGGAUCUACACAAUCACUGUGAAGAACCUUGUUGGUCAGGACAUGUCUAGUGUUGAGAUAAGAGUCACAGAUGACCCAAAGCCUCCAGGCCCUGUGGAGCUGGACGAGAACGUGUCAGGAACAGUCACGGUUUCCUGGACUCCCUCUCCAGAUGAGAAGAAAGACGACAGGCUUCACUACGUGGUCACCAAACAUGAUUCCUCUAAGCACACCUGGCAAAUCAUGGCUGACCACCUUUUCAACAACAAGUUCACUGCCACUAACAUCCUGCCAGGGAGACAGUAUCAGUUCCGGGUCUAUGCCAAGAAUGACAUGGGGACUUCCAAACCCUCUGAGUCAGCAGCCUGGGAAGUGAAGAAAAAGAGAGAAACCUUUUCUCUAAACCUUCCUGCCUCUAAGGACUGCAACUUUGAGACAGCUCCAUCUUUCUCUGUUCCACUCAAACUACACAACACCCCAGAGAGCUACGAGUGCUACAUGACUUGUGCCGUGACAGGAACUCCAAGACCCCAUGUUACCUGGUACAGAAACAACAUCAGCCUCAACACCAACACUAACUACCACAUUGUGAAUACAUGUGGGGUCUGCUCCAUGAAGAUACUCAGAGCUGGGCCAAAGGACAGUGGCCAAUACACCGCCGUAGCAGAAAGCCCUUUGGGCAGAGUCGAGUGUUCAACUAAACUAAUCGUCAAAGAUUAAGAAGAAGUAUGGAGUUUCAGCUGUGGUGCAAGCUGAACUCUUGAACAUACCCAAUUUAUAUAUGAAUGGAAUGAAACAACUCGUUCUGUGAAUCUCCUGUAAACCACUUGCUUGCUUAUUAAAUAGGAAAAUAUGCAGAGGGAGAGAAAGACAGAAAGACGUAGUAUAACUUCAUAAGAUAUUUUAUUUAGAUUCUGCUGUCUACUUUACUUAUUCAGAUUCUGCUGAAUCUACUUUAACAUCAUUUUACUUUCUCUAUAAGCUGAAGCAAAAAGCUCAGAGGCAAAGGCGUCUGAGGUUCAUUCAGCUAAAGCUAAAUAUGGCUCAUUUUCUCUUAGGUGGUCGUAAUAGAUAGUUUCCUUUGCUGUUAAUAAUUUUCAUGAAGCUAGUAUCAGAAAUGUUCUACUGUAUGGCUACUGUACAAC